CUGGUAAUCUGCCACCAAAUGAUUUUCAUAUUCAUCAGCGGGUCUUUCACCGUUGCUUGGUCGUGAUAACCACAAAUGAAGUUGCUUGCUUAAUUUGGAAAAGCAGCUUUCUAAUAUAAUUUUGGAUCGCGCUUUCGGUUUUACGGUAUUCAUCUAACAAAGUUUCACUGAUUGAGCGAGAACGAUGGGAGAUGUCUCAGCAGACAGCAUUACUAUCGAGAUGCUCAGAGAGGCACGUGGGACUGUGAGAUGCAGUCCUCUGGAUGUGAUCAACACACCAAUGAUCCCAUGGUCCCAAACCACACUUCCACUCAACAGCUCCUGCAACAUUCACAUCAAACUGGAAAACAUGCAGCGGACCGGUUCAUUUAAGAUAAGAGGUGUUGCAAACCAGUUUGCCCGGAGACUCAAAGGGGGCUAUUUUGUGACCAUUUCUGCUGGGAAUUAUGGAAAGUCUUUUGCAUAUGCAUGUAAGCAUUAUGGAUCCAAAGGCAAAGUGGUGAUGCCAGAAACCGCCCCCAUCUCCAGAUCUGUUCUGAUACAAAGUUUGGGAGUUGAGGUUGAAAGAGCGCCGACUCCUCGUCUCAUGGAUGUUGUUAACCGAAGUGUUCAAGAGCACAGCAUGACUUUCCUUCAUCCCUUUGAUGAUCCGGAUCUUAUCGCUGGACAUGCCAGCUUAGGUUUUGAGAUCCUGGAAGUUGUACCCUAUCCAGAUGUUGUGGUUGUUUGCUGUGGUGGAGGAGGGUUACUUGCUGGUGUGGCAGCUGCCAUCAAACUGUCUGGUUGUGAGAACACAAAGAUCUAUGGAGUGGAACCAGAAGGAGGUGAAUAUUCAAAUUCUUUUUGUACAUUUACGGAAGUGUUCAUUAUAACUUUACAUUAUUUGUGCUUCUUGAAACUUGUAUAUUGGGAUUCACCCUCAGGUUCUUUGCCAUAUGAGCUGUGUCAGAAGUAUGUGGAGAACAUUGCGCUGGUGACCGACGAGGAGAUCAAAUCUGCAGUUUCCAUACUUUACAGAGCUGGACUCGUGGUUGAACCUUCAGGCACUGCGGCUUUCGCUGCCGUCACGAAUAACAAAAUCCCAGAUAUCAAUGGCAAGAAUGUGGUGGUCAUCCUCAGCGGAGGAAACAUUGGCAAAGAUGAGCUAAGCAACUUUCCUGACUAAGUUAAUUGCUUAUUUAGAUAAUAAUAACAAUAAAUAAUGUUUCUAUACAGUCAAAGCAUAUAUGGGUUGUGAAGUUCCAUAAAAUAACGCGAUAACUAAAUUUUGCCAAGUUUUUUUAUGGGUUUAUAUAUAUUUAGUCAUAAUCUCUAGUUUUUAUGACUUAAUUGUAAAACACUAAAAUGAUAAUGUAUCCUUUUUAGAAGUGAAAAUACUUUAAAUAAAUAAAGUUAUGAAACAUCUCAACAGCCCUGCUGCUUUAAAUGUGCCAUUCAACAAAAAAUAGGCCUACACAGAUUGUGUUGUUUGUUAGGUGACUAACAUAACAGCUGUGCUAAACUGUACACUACUGCAACUUGUUUUAAUUAUAUAAAUGUUGAGGACACUAUUUUCUUUUCAACAUUCAUUACAUUAUUCAUAUUGACUACAGUCUUGCAUAUUUCUCAUGCUGGAGAGCUGGGUGAUUUUGCAACUUAUUC